AGAGCCUGCUGAUUGGAGCGACGCCGGUUACCAGGAAUCAUUUAAUAAUCAGAAGGGUGGACACCUCACACUGUCCGCGCGGAUUUCACAGCAGGAUCUAUACUGUCCGUUCAUCCCUACUCACCAGUGUGCGCGCGGUAUCCACAACCACCAACAGACUUGGCUACUCAUAAACCAGGUGGUCCAAAGAAGAUGAGAAGAGGAUUAUUAUUGGUGGCACUGUUCCUCGUCAUGAAACUCCGAUUGUGCCAGUCCGGAAGCGAGGAGCCAUGGUCGCGCAGGUCAUCGUCAGGUGAAAUUCCAGGUUUGGGUGAGCUGAAGCGCAAUCUUCUGAAGAGAUACAGCGACGUGGACUAUGACAGUUUUGUGGGUCUGAUGGGUAGACGAAAUGCGGAUACAAAUGGUGUACAAUCCCAACAAAAAAGAGAAAUGCAUGACAUCUUUGUUGGACUCAUGGGACGGAGGAAUUCAGAGCCUGGUAACGCUGGUCCCUGGGGGAAAGAGAACCCAGAGACAAAAGGCAUAUUUUACAACAAGUGCAGACUUAGGUUUCGUCGCGGUUUGUAGACGUUCUUCACACUACAGAUGAUGAAACUACAUUUUCAUUAUUUAUUUUAACCUUUUACAAAAUUGAAUUAACUAAACUCAGAGACAUGCACAAGUUAAUUAAAGCACCUAGGCUUUACAGCAUAAAGUUUGAAGUUUGUACAAGACGUUUUAUCUGAUAAAAGAAAAACUAUUUCUUUACCCUAGUGUUCCUUUCCUCCAAGAUAACGUAAACCACAUUUUUGUAAAUAAAAUGGAAAUCAACAAUUCUG